UUACGCUUAACGAGUCAAUUAAUGUUUUCAAAAAUGUUUGUGUUGUGUGGUAAUCGUUGUCAUGAGAAACAGAACAUGUUGUAUUUAAUAUUAAUUUAUCAAAUUUACACUGCAACAGUAUUAACAUGUGUCAAUUCGGAAAAUCUAAUUAAAAGAAAUACUCGGGAUAUGACAUUAAUAGGAGGAGCUGGGGAGGCUGGAGCAGCUGAACAAAAUUCGAAUCUUUAUAUCAAUAGUAACAGCAACAUAUCUAAUAAUAGCAGCAACAAUGUUAUGUGUGGCAAUACACAAAAGAUGGCAGACAAUUGUUUUAGGGAUCUGCCACCACAUCUAAUGGAGUUUUUGCAAACAUCUAAAAUUGCCAUCAAUGAAGAGGACAUUGUAUCGAAGUGCAAUGUUUUUCGACGUGGCAUGAAGUGCUUCGAUGACUACACCUCACGUUGUAUCCCCUCGAAUAACAUUAACAUUUUGAACAACAAUGUUGAAGGAGCUAGAAAAUUCUUUACAAAAUUUUGUGAAGAUAAAAACUUUCAACAAGAUUAUUUAAGUCACAAAGAAUGUUUUUCCUACAUACAAGAGGAUUGGAUGCAUUGUACGAAAAAUUUUCAAAAUAUUUUGUCAGAAGGUCUACACUCGGAGAAAAAUAUAACGGAAAAGUUUUUGGAAUUUUGUUGCGCACGUUAUGCUUAUGAGACCUGCAUCUAUAAUAGUGCCCGGUACAAAUGCUAUCAGAAUUCGGCCGCAUUUGCACGUGCCACAGCUCAAAUGUUGUCCGAUGAAAAGCAUUUCAGCAAUUGUCGUCAAUUUGAAGUAUCAACGUGCGGCAGCACACCUACCAUAGCCCAACUGCAGCAUUGCCAUUGGACAUUAUGGCUGGCCAUAUCUUUGCUCUUCAUGAUAAAAAAUCAUCACUUGAUGUCAUAAAGUAGAUGCUUGGAGGUUGUAUACUGAU